CACAGGGCUGUACCUGCGUUCAGCUCACUUGGUUUGGAAAGGCUUCUACGAACUCCAGCCAUGAACGCAAUCGUGUUCAACAAGCUGAGUGGCCAAGUCCUCUUUGAGGAAUCAGCUAACGAUCGGGAGAGGGGAGUCCUACCCUACCUGGGAGUAAUGGAGAGUCCAAAUCCUGACGCGGGGUUACAGGAUGGAGUAAAGGACAACGCUAGACACCGGCGCCCUGGAAGCUCCAGGGGUGCAAGCGGUAAAGUUCGGCACAAGCGCCAGGCCUUGCAAGAUAUGGCACGGCCGCUCAAGCAAUGGCUCUACAAACACAGAGAUAACCCCUACCCAACCAAGACCGAGAAAAUUCUGCUGGCCCUUGGGUCUCAGAUGACUCUGGUACAGGUUUCAAACUGGUUUGCAAAUGCAAGACGUCGCCUUAAAAAUACUGUGAGACAACCAGACCUAAGCUGGGCUUUACGGAUAAAAUUGUAUAAUAAAUAUGUCCAAGGGAAUGCUGAACGGUUAAGUGUGAGCAGUGAAGACUCCUGUUCUGAAGAUGGGGAAAAUGCCCCAAGGAGCCACAAUAAUGAAGAAGCAUACGACAAGCCUAUUCACCAUACUGUGAUUACCAAAGAAAGCUCGGUCAUCAAAUCGGGUGUAAGAGCGGAGUCGAGUGUCAGUGAAGAUUAUGUUUCCCCUCCUAAAUACAAGAGCAGUUUGCUGCAUCGCUAUCUCAAUGACUCUUUGCGACAUGUCAUGGCCAGUAAUGCAGCAAUGAGAGAAAAAACGAGACAGAGGAACCACUCAGGGUCAUUUAGCUCCAAUGAGUUUGAAGAAGAGCUCGUAUCCCCAUCAUCUUCAGAAACUGAAGGCAACUUCGUCUACCGAACAGAUACGUUGGAGUCUGCAGCAAAUAAAUGCCAAAGUGCAGUUAAUAAAGAAGGAGCCAGCAAAGAUGAGACGUACUGGAGGGAGAUUAAUGCAGCCAUGGCCUUAACGAACCUUGCCCAAGGGAAAGAUAAACUGCAGGGCACAACAAGCUGCAUCAUUCAGAAAUCCUCGCAUAUAUCAGAAGUGAAGACUGUUAAAGUGGCGCUGCUUCAGAAAUACUGACGUUUCUCAGACUUGCCUAUGAACCAGCGACGGAACCCUCUGGAGUUUGCCCCAGUUCUCAAAAGCUUGUUUGGAAUAAUAAACAUUCUGGUUGCUGAGCAUAAAGAUCUCUAAAGUCUUGGACUCAGAUGCCGGGGCGCUGCCGGACAUGUACAUUUUAACGCCUUACUCGUUUCUUUUUUUUUAAAGGAAUAAAUAACUUAUUUUAUCCGUCAGCUGAUAAGUAAGAAUCGCUUUUGCCAUACGUGCCUUGCCGAAAAGAAAUAAGCUAUAACGUGGGCAUGAGAUACACUAGUUAUGCCUUAAUUUAUGAACGCCAUAAUGCUUUUUAUAUUUAAUCUGGGGUUAAAACUACCUGUACCGCAAACAAGUGGAUAUUGGAAAGUGCAUGAAAUAUCACGUUGUCGUUCCAACCAGGAAGUAAUAUUGUACCAUAUUUUGGAAGUAUUCAGUUUUUUUUUUUUUUUCAACCAUUUUUGAAGUCUUAUGGAUAGUAUUAUUGAUAUACCCUGACAAAUAUCGCAGGUUUGGGGUUUCUAGCACAUAUUGUAAAUCCUAAUGUUCAAAGCAGAAAAUCCAUAUUGUCUAAACUGGCAGAAAUGGCCUGUUUUUGUCAACAGGUGUGUCGCCAAAAAUACCAGAUGAUUUUAGUUGUAACUCGGUGGUGUAUAGAGACGCAAUACGGAUUAACAGAGGAACCCUGGAAGUAAGGUCUUUUUAAGGCAGGUAUUCAUUUCAGGGAAUUGAACAUGUGAACUUCUUGUGAACAUGGUGCUUGCACUUUGCACCUUUGCACAUAAUGCAACGCUCAUGCGCAGAUAUGAAAAUGGCAAAUCCUGAUGACAAUUCUUAAACUCAUUUAAGGGGGGUUAUUCACCUUUGAGUUAACUUUUAGUAAGAUGCAGAGAGUAGUGAUGGGCGAA